AUGGCAACAAAUUCGAUGAAAAUCAAAAGCACCCCAAGCCCAGAUGUUGAUGAUGUUGAUAGGAUCAGUGCCCUUCCCGAACCUCUUAUCUGCAACAUUUUAUCGUUUCUCCCAACCAAAGAAUCUGUAGCCACCUCAGUUCUAUCCGGUAGGUGGAGAUACCUUUUCGCUUCGGUUCCUGAAUUUGAUCUCACAUUUGAACCAACUUUUGAUCUUGAACCAGAAACAAGUGAUGAUGAGUCUCUUGAUAGUUGGCGGCUCUUAAAGUUCUUGCGUCUGACCUUUAGCAUACUUCAACUACGAGAUCUGACUCCCAUUAGAAAAUUUAAAUUCACCAUCAUUUGGGCAUAUGAAAAUUUUCGGUCGACCAUUGACUUGCUAAUAUCUACUGCCCUUCUGUAUGAAAUUCAAGAACUUGAAAUAUGCGUGGAAGCUGAAAAUGAACCAUAUGUAAUCACUUGUCCUCGGAUUUUCAAGCGUAAAAGCUUGGUUUAUCUGCAACUAUGGGUGCAUGCGGAUAUCCCCAACUCUGUAUUCUUACCAAACCUUAAGGUUCUCCGCAUGUAUUUAAUGGGAUUGGCUGAUGAUUCUGUUCAGAGGCUUAUUCAAGGCUGCCCUAUUCUUGAAGAACUAAGUUUACAAUUGUAUUCCAAUCCUUUGGAGGAGGAGGAUACAAAUGAUACUAAAGUUGUAGUUGUUGAAUUUUCCAGUCCUUCCAUCAAGAAGCUGGAAAUUCGACGGUGGGGAGGUGAGUAUAAGAUUGUUGUGGAGUCAAAUAUUCUUGAAAGUUUGCUUUAUAUUGCUUACAACUAUGCUGGCCAGCAUCAGGUCAUCCUCAACGCCCCAAAUCUUAAAGAAUUCACCUAUUGGGCGCCUGUGGCCGGAGUUAGCUUCAUUGGAAACCUAGACUCUCUUGUUGCAGCUGGAAUAGGAGUUGGGUGGCUUGAUGAUCAACUACAAAUUCAUGAUGCUAUUGAUCAUCUUUACAGGGCCCAAAGAGUUCUCUAUGGUUCGCAAGAUUUCCUGCCAACUUUCAAUAAUCUGACCAGUUUGGAGCUUGGACUUGGCCACAAUGGCCACAAUGCUGGUGAAAUUGAUCAUACCCUUGCUUGGAGAAUACUACCUACCUUGUUUGAAAAGGCCCCUAACCUUGAAGUUCUUACUUUUACUCAUAUGAUUUUGGACAACAUCAGUGAAAGCAAUGAACUUGAGAGUCUCUUUCUGGAGGCUCUUCCAGUAUGCUUCGUCAAACAGCUGAAGAAGAUCGAAUUCAAAAAUUUCAGCAAUCAGGAAUAUGAAUUCAAGCUGAUUGAAUAUCUGUUGCAGCAUGGAAAAGGUUUAAAGGAUAUGAUUGUAGGUCAAUUUUUAAGGCCUUCAGUUGGUGAAAGGAUCUUGUCAUUCAAGAGGAGCUCUGUGAACUAUUUUAUUGCUCCAGGUUUUGUUGGUUUGAGAUCCAAGUAUUGCUAUCUGACUUGUUAA